AUGAGCGCGCACACUUUGAAAAAGAAGUCCUGGGAGUCCCUCUCGUCGACUUUCUCCAACCUCGAAAUAUCUGUCUCCCAGGACAGUUGCUACGCCUCGGACGAGCUCUCCAUCAGUCCAACCAAUCCUGUCACUGCUGGCACGUCGCUAGCCUCCUUUACGCCAGCCCGCCAGAAUUCAUUACACUCGCUAUUGAAGCCUAUUUUGAAGAGGCCGUACUCUGAUAUUGAGGAAGAUGAGGAACCUGAGUCUGGCUACGGAACAGACGAUUCUGAAUACGAUUACGCUUCUGUGUCUGAUGAGCAUGACGACGAAAUGUAUGCGGUUUCCACCUGGGACGAGGCCUCGGAUGCCUCUGAUGCCAUCUUGGAAAACUGCAAUGAUGAUGUUGAAUCAGUGGACGGUUCAUUCAUUUCGUUCGAAUCAAUGGUGCGUUUCGACACCAAUGUGCGUUAUAUCGAGGCGCCAGAGCCUCAGGAAGAAGAGACCGAGACGCCGAGAACCGAAUUAACCUGCCAUGAAUUAAUGGAAAUGGCGAGGGCGUCUGGCACUCUUCGCCUGCAGGGCGAACAAGUCGCUGAGUCUGAUUCGAGUGACAAAAUGCCCGAACAUGAUGAACUCGAUGAUUCAAUCAAACAAUGGCCAGAGGAGCACCCGAGUGACAUUGUGGACUUGGAUAAGAGACUAUUCAUUGCCUACAUCAACGGCAUCAACGGAAUUGCCGAUCCUGGAUACAAAGUGCGUCUCCGCGAAAGAAUUGAUGAUAUUAGAAAGGGACAUGCGCAAUCUCCAUACCUGGAGUCUGAUAAUGCGCAAGGAGUGUACCUCGAUCAUGUACUGAACCACGUCCUGGGUACAUUCCGCAACAUUAUUGUUCAGGAGGAGCUUGAUGAACUGGCCACUCUCACUGAGCGAAGGGAAGCUCGGCAACAGACCGAGGCGCCUGAAGGACUUGAUAAAAAGCUACUGGAUAAGAUUGAACACCUUCUUUCCGAGAGACUGGCAGGAAAUGAUGUCAAAAUCGGCCAGGAUGAGCUAAGCUUUUUUGCUGGCGGCGUUGCUUAUGCUCUUCAGAAUUGGGCCUCCUAUACAUCACACUGA